CGCGGAACUCGGUGACAUCACGGACCCGGUUUCCCCAGCUGUCCGGAGCCGCUGAGAGCUGACUUGUCAUUUCUCGCUAGCUGCCGGGGGCCCGGAAUGGGAGAGAGCAGACCCGUCUUUAGGCCAUCUCUGCCAGCAGUCAUUCUCCAUGUGGGAAGCAGUGAGGCCUGGGCCCUGAACAGCCUGAAACAAAACCAAAAGUAACCUUUGUGUCCGGAAGAGAAGAAGCUCCACUGACACAGGGAAGAGUAACACACACCCCCUGAGAGUGGCACUCCGGCCAGGCAAAGCACCAGUUGUUAUGGAUUCCAAUCUAGAUGAUGACAUUUGUAUUUUGACCCACGAGAAAGCUGACUGCAUACCAAGAAAAGAUCAACAGACCCCAUUUUCAUCAUCUUCUGGGGAAGCAUCUGUUGCCUCACACUUUGCUCUCGUCACUGCUUAUGAAGACAUCAAGAAGCGACUGAAGGACACUGAAAAGGAAAAUAAUUAUUUGAAGAAAAGAUUAAGGUUACUUGAAGAAAAGCUUUGUGGAAAGCAUGCAGAAGAAGCAAGCACAGUAGGUCAUGAGCAAGAACACAGAGGAUGGGUUGGUGGAAAACAAGUUAACAAAGCUUACAGCGCCUUUCGUGAAGUCUGCAUUGAGAGGGACAAACUGAAAAACAAACUUAAUCUAUUGGAGAAAGAAAAACUUGAAUCUACAAAAAGUCUGAAUGAGCAGCUGCAAGCAAAAGAAGUUGAGUUGUUGCAAGUGAAGUCUGAAUUGGAAACACAUCAAGUGAUGCAAAGCUUAAGCAAAACACCUAGUGACUGGGAAAUAGAAAAACUGAACAGAGAGUUGAAAAUCCGGUCAGUGGAGCAAGAACUUAAAUUGCUUCAGGAAGAAUUCAGAAACCUCCAAGCGGAACUUCAAAGGACAAAGGACUCCUCUUUGGAAAAACAGCUAUCAAGCAGACACUGUUUACAAGAACAUGAAACAGCCAGUGAAAGCAGCGUGCGGCAAGCAUACUGGGAGCUGAAGAAGGAAAUGUCUAAUUUACAUGUAGUGACUGAAGUACAAGCCGAGGUGCUAAGAAAGCUGAAAGGAACCAUAGCUGCGACCAAGAAAGCAUCUCAGAGUGCUCCCGUGCAGUGUGAAGAUGACUUGGCUAGGAACUGCAGUGGACUACAUUUAACUGCUACUGGUAACAAAGUGCCCUUCGCCCAUGAACACAAGUUUGAACAUAGCAGGAUCUCCAUAUCAGGACCUCCACCGCACUCAUACAAGAACACUCUUUAUGAAAAGACUUUACUAACAUCACAUGCAGGUGAAAGGCCGAUUCCAGUUGGGGGAACAGACUGUGACAAUGUUGAUUUUUUUCCAAAGUCGUCUUUAGAAGAAAAUUCCUGGGUAAUGCCAAGUCCUCCAAAGCCUAGCGAAACAUUAUUUUGGGAACCUAAGAAUAAUUCUACAGCAAAUAAUUUAUCACAGUUCUAUAAUCCCAACUACCCAUUUAAAAGCUAAGAAAAUCUUAAAUGCUGCAGACGUAGAGCAUAACCGCUCCCUGGGUACUUGAAUUAUGUUUCUGCAUAUCCUGAAAAUAUGUUCAUGUGUAAAUAUUUUUCCAUUAAGAAUUUAAGAGCACCAUAAUUAAUUUAUGAAUAAGGAAAACUGGAAAAUAUUCUGCUUCACUAAAUACUUACUGGGUUAUUUCUCAGACCUGGAAUUGACUUAGGAAUUUAAAAUUUUAGGCCAAAAUACUUGCAUUGAAAUUUUUUUUUUUCCCAACUCUCCUGUUUAUCUAGAUAGGUUAUUUUAGUUUAAGAUUUGCAAUUCCUUAGUCCAUUUCACAAUUCAUGGUUUGGUGAAUAACCAUACUCAAGUAUUCUAUAUUUUUACAAUUUCUCGAAAUUAAUUAAAGGUACCAUGAGUUUCACAUUUCUAAAUAUCUUUAUGUGAAGGAGUACAACAAAUUUUAACUCAUUAGAUAUUGUUUGAUUUAGUGUUUUUUUUUUUUUUUUUUUUUUUAUAAAAAGGAGCAUUAAAGGUGUGUGUAUAUAUAGAGCAAGGCCAUGAAGAUGUCUUUGUGUUUUUUCCCCUCCUUUCUCAAUAUUGAUCAUUGCUCAAGACAGAAACGGGGAGCUACUGAUUGCUCAUUUCUCCUAGUAGGAUAACUUCUGUCCUGUCAUGCCCCAUACUAUGAUUUGACUAAGCAAGCAUUAUUGCUAUAACUGGUGAACCAUCCUUGUCAACCUAUUUGAUAUAUCACAUGCACUACAGAGGAAUUCUGGGAACUAUGGGCAAAAACCAUUCCAGAUAAGAAUAUUGACGUUUUGCUUGUGUUUUGAGGGAAAUAAUGGACAAUAGUAUUAUGAGACCAUCUGUAUAAACCUUUAUUGCUACUUUAAUUUUACCAUAAGGUGAGAAUUCAAUGUUACUUGGUCUGAAUGGUGAUUUUAGUUUAUUAAUCAAGUACAGAUGUAUUAAACUGGAUGGUAUGUAUUCUUAACAUGCAUAUACAUUAAACUGUGAUCAACACAUAUUUUUUUUUACAUAAAAUCCAUUGUUGAAAAGUGUUACUAGCCCAUUUUGGUCGAGUGGCCAUGGAUAAUAUGAUACACUAUAGUCAUGAAUCUGUAGUAUAGCUUGAGAAAAGAGAAAAAAAUAUAUAUAUUUUUACCUUGUCUCAACAACAGCUUUAAAGAAGAAAUAUGGAAAAGCAACAAUCCUGUAAUAUUUGAAUAACCUCAAUGCACUCACUUUGUGAGACUUGUAAGGCUUUCGUCCUAAACUUGUACUUAUUUGUGCAUUCUGUUAUUAUUAUAACGAAAAUAAACUUUUUGGCAUGGUGAUGUGUAAACAAGCCAUGAUCUUUAUCUA